ACGGGGGCGCGGGUAUAGGGCCGCUUUGCGCACCAAGGGAGCCGAAACGCCGUCUCUACAAAAUUGGCCUGAGAACUGUUCUGAACGUGGAAGGAAGGUGCUUCCCGCUAGGUGCCAUCCUAUAGCAAGAGGCGGCGGGGGGGUGCAACCUGAGAAGCAUAGCGAGGACGAGGGGACCGAACUUGGUGGUGUUGGGAAAAAGGAAAGCCUCAAACAGGGAGUUGCACUUCUUCCCCGAUCUUGACCGAGCAGCCUUGCGCUCCCGAGGUUCCCGUCGCAGGCAGCGUUCAGUGGGAAUAGUCUCCCGAGCGCGAAUUUCCUCGGGAUUGCCGCUUUCCAGCGGAAAUCGGGAAAGCUCCGAUCCGCGGGAAUCGCGCAACGUCUUGGGACCCAGCGGGAGAAGCCUCCCCUUAAUGGCGUUUGUCGAAAACCACGUGGGACAUUUGAAUACAGUAAUAUUUGCACGGAAGAAUACGUACGUCUUCAGCUCGCGGCGGAAGGUCCGGAGGUCAGGGAGCUGUCGAAGUCUUGGGGGAAGCUCAUUCCAGAGGGCAAUAAUGAACCAGACAGAGAAGGAUGAGCAAGAUGUUCCUCCGUAUCUUAACAGUGAACCCCCAGAAGAUUCAGUAAAAGAUCAUCCGCAACAACAGCCUGGCAUGCUUACCCGGGUGACUGGCGGCCUCUUCAGCAUAACCAAAGGAGCUGUCGGUGCCACAAUUGGUGGCGUAGCAUGGAUAGGAGGGAAAAGCUUUGAAGUGACCAAAACAGCAGUAACAGCUGUGCCUUCCAUGGGAAUAGGAUUAGUUAAAGGAAGUGUUUCAGUUGUGACAGGAAGUGUUACAGCUGUAGGAUCUGCUAUCUCAAGCAAAGUGCCUUUAACUGGGAAGAAAAAGGAUAAAUCUGAUUAAAGAAAUUCAGUACUGUUUCGUUGAGGACCUUAUGUGGCUAUGGGACCUACACAAUUUGGACUACUGUAAGGUCACCAUUCUGGAGGAAUAUCUAAAGAACUGAAAGAAUUAACUUUCUCCUGCAAGGGACAUUAGCAGCCUGCUAUCACAGAAACUUUAGAUUUCUUCAGGAACUUGUCUGGUGAAAUGUUACACUUGAUUGGGAAAAAAAAGGAAUCAAGUACAUGGAUCUGAAGGAAUGGUUCACGUUUGAACAUUAAUUCACUUUUCGAUAUCUUGAAUUAAAAAUGUGAAAAUAGAAGUGGAGGGAAUGACUUGGCAAAAAGUUAAGCACUUCACGGUUCUGAUUAUAAUAGCUCCCUUUAAAAUAAUUUCAGCGUUAAAGUGCUUAAAUAUUAGCCUGAUUAUGCCCUUAAUUGGUUGCCUCUGUCAUAAACCGAUAAAUUGAUGUUCUA